AUGGCGAUUGAAGAUAUUUUGACUCCAGAUGGGACUCAAUCUCCACAUGCAACAGCUGUUCCACAAGGAAUUAGUGGAAAUCAAGUCCCAGGGAAUGAUUACAAUCACCCAUUGUUUUUGUCGCCGGCAGAUGAAAGAGUUAAUGCUAUAGUGUUGUCUUGGAUGAUGAAUUCUGUUCCACGUGAAUUACUUGGGGGUAUAAUGUAUGCCUCUAGUGUACAAGCUGUGUGGAGUGACUUGCAUGAGAAAUUUAACAAGAUAGAUGGAUCAAGAUCAUUCAAUUUGCAUAAAGAAAUUGCUAUAUUGAAUCAGGGAACAACAUCUAUAUCUGUGUAUUUUUCAAAACUCAAGGACUUGUGGGAAGAGUUUGAGGCUCUCGUUCCUGCUCCCAGACGUGAUUGUGCAAAAUCUAGGGAGUUUGUAACCCAUUUGCAGAAGUUGAAACUGUUUCAAUUCUUGAUGGGGUUGAACGAGUCUUAUAGUCAAGCAAGACGUCAGAUCUUGAUGAUGAGCCCAACACCAAUUGUUAAUCAAGCCUAUGGUUUAAUCAUCAAUGAUGAAGGUCAAAGGUCUGUGGCUGCUACAACAGGUUUGUUGGGUGCAAAUCUAGCAACGUAUGCAAGUCACUAUAAUGUGGCCAUGUACACCAGAACUGGACAUGGAAGAAAUCAGAAGUUCAGAAAGAAUUACAAUGUGCAAUGUGAAUUCUGUAAAAUGAAGGGACAUAGCAAAGAAAAUUGCUACAAAAUUGUCGGCUAUCCUCUAGAAUUCAAGAAUAGGAAGAAAGGGGGAGUUGGUGUUGGUAAUUCAACCUACAAUGUAAUGACUGAAAGUAAUGUUCAAUUUAGGAAUACUGGUUUCAAUGGAUUUACUGAUGGGAAUUCUCAGAUAAACCAGCCCCAAACUGUAGGAAAUGCAAUUAGUCAAGGACUGCCUCCAAUAACAACUUGCAUCUUCUCAAAGGAGCAAUAUGAGCAAAUUCUCCACAUUCUAAAUAAGUCUUCAAGUGUCAAUGAAUCUGAAAAUCCUACAGCUAAUGCAGUAGGUAUUAGUCUUGCUUUAUUAGCUUCUACUAGUCCACAAGAAUGGAUAAUUAAUACUAGUGCCACAAAUCAUAUGGUGGUUGAUAUAAAUCUAUUGAAUAAGAAUUCUGCCAUGCAACCAGAAUUUUCAAAGAGUGUGUUUCUACCUAAUGGAGAUAUUACACAUGUGGCACAUACUGGUUCCAUUGCCUUCUUUCCUAAUAUUUGUAUUUUUCAGGAUCUCUUCAAUGGACAGGUGAGAGCGAUUGGUAGAGAAGACAGUGGAUUAUACAUACUCAGUGGAAGUCUACAUAUAGUUAGAUCCAGUGAAGAAGUUUUGUAUGCAACAAAUGAGUCACCAGUAAUAGUUGAGGUCAAAACAGAUGAAGAUAUAGAUCUAUGGCACAAAAGAUGUGGUCAUAUACCAGUCUCAAAAACAAAUAUAUUCUUGAUAAGUAGAGAUGUUAGCUUCAGGGAAGACAUAUUCCCAUUUAAAAAGAAUUCUGAAAACUCAGCUACAACUAUAUUUGCUCAAGAUAGUAGUGUUCAGAAGUUACUCUAUGAGGCAAUUGAAACAAACAGUCAACCAUUUACAAACUCAAGCCAAAGAGUAGCUGAAUCAGAUAAGAAUCAUCAUACUUCAACUCCUGAACUAAUUGAUCAGUCAAAUGAAAUCAACUUAGACACACAAUUCUUAGUACAUCAAGGUGAAUCAUGUCAAGCAGAUCACAUAAUUGAAUCUCAGCAACCAGGUAUGAUUCCUUCUACUCAACCAACUCAUAUUAUCUCUACAAAUCAGAAUGAGCUCAGAAAAUCUCAAAGAGAUAAAAGACCUCCUCUUUGGCUUCAAGACUUUGUAUCUCUCAACACCCAUCAAGAUACAUCUUAUGCUCUAAAUAAGUACAUUAUUUAUGAAAAUAUUUCACCUAAGUAUCAAGACUAUACUUCUUCUAUAUCUUUAGUCAUAAAACCUAACAACUAUGCAGAGGCCAUCAAAGAUCCUAGGUGGAUAGAAGCAAUGCAAGCUGAAAUUAAAGCUUUACAAGACAAUCAUACAUGGGAUAUUGUUAAUCUACAAGAAGGAAAAUAUCCAAUAAGUUGUAAAUGGAUAUAUAAGAUCAAGUACAAAGCCACAAGGGAAGUUGAAAAUUUCAAAGCCAGAUUAGUGGCUAAAGGAUUUAGUCAAUAA